AAGAUUAGCACCAAUUGUCUUUGUUAUCAUAUAUACAUCCGUCACUUUCUUAAGUACCACUUCUCCAUCUUCUUCCUUUCCCAUCUUAAAAUAAUUACCUACUCUCUUUCUCUCUGCCUUCUAUCUCUGUGGUGGUGAGAACAGAUCCGACUAUAUUAUAUAUAUUGCAUUUAUAUAUCACAAGUUUGACUCGUUUUUAUUCAUCUGCAACUUGGUUUAGGGUUUUGAUCUCUGUAUAUAUUAUAUGUUUUGUCAUCCCUAGAAACUCCCAGGAAUAUUAGAUAUAAUAAUACACAAUUAGAUGGCCAGUUACGAAACUCCACAGCUUCAAAGUCACGAAGACAACACGAGAGAGCAAGAUGAGAGUAACGCCGUCACAACCACCAGCUCAGGCGGUGGUUCGGGGAGGCGUGUCCGUGGGCGGCCACCGGGGUCGAAGAACAAACCCAAGCCGCCGAUCAUCGUGACUCGUGACACUCCCAACGCGCUCCGAUCUCACGUUCUGGAAGUCUCGCCCAACGCGGAUGUCAUGGAGAGUGUGGUCAACUAUGCGAGAAAGAGGGGAAGAGGGGUUUGUGUCUUCAGUGGGACCGGCACGGUUUCCAAUGUCACGCUUCGCCAGCCGGCGGCUCCUUCCGGGAGUGUCAUCACUUUGCACGGCAGGUUUGAGCUGCUUUCGCUUUCGGGGACGGUGCUUCCGCCCCCGGCUCCGCCAGGCGCUGGAGGGUUAUCCAUUUUUUUGUCAGGGGGUCAAGGGCAGGUGGUUGGGGGGAGUGUGGUGGGCCCUCUAUUGGCUUCGGGCCCGGUUGUUUUGAUCGCGGCCUCUUUCGCCAAUGCGGUGUUUGAGCGAUUGCCAUUGGAAGAUCAGGCCGAAGAUGUUAAUGUUAAUGUUAAUGUUACACCUUCUAUAGGAGGCGACGGUGGUGAUGAUCGCAGUAACAAUAAUAAUAACCAGGUUCAAUCGACGGCUUCACCGUCUUCUGGUGUAACAAGUGGUGGGGGUGGUUCGUUGUUUAAUGUGGGAAACCCUGCGAAUAAUUAUCCAGCAGCGUACAAUUCAGCGGAAUUGCUUGGAUGGGCAGGGGGAAAUAGUAAUGUAGCUGCAGCAAGGCCGCCUUCGUACUGAGUGGCCAAUGUGACAGGGCUAAGACUAAUUGUAACAUAUGGAGAAACAGAAACAACUAAGUAGCAUGCCUCUCCCAGUACUGCUGGUUCCGCCAAUAUAAAAAUCAUCUGGUGUUUUUGAUUAGUGAGAUGAACUUCCAAAGUUAUGCAGUAGCUUAAAGAGAAGAUGGAAGGGUUCAAGUUUUGGUAAAUACUACUCCUAGUUAGGCAGCUGCUAAUUAGCUAGUGUACGUCUUAUCCAACUCUUCUUGCUUAUAAUAUGUACUAAUCAAGUCUUUCUGAUUCAA